AUGGAGAUCACCACCAGGGUUAGAGAAUGUCUCGUGUAUGAUCGAUACGAGGAACUGAAGACCUUCGAUGAAACCAAAGCUGGUGUCAAAGGCAUAGUUGAUGCUGGGAUUGCAAAGAUUCCAAGAAUGUUCAUUCGACCACAAGAUGAGCUCAACGAGGACUUAGCAGUUCAUACUGAACAUAGAUAUGACAUUGGCGGCCUGCAAUUUCUGAAUCAGAAUCAUUGGUUCAAUGUCAAGCCUAUCCCUGGUACAUUUGUUGUGAAUAUCGAUGACAUUCUUCAGCUUAUUAGCAAUGGCAAGUUUAAAAGCGUGGAGCAUAGAGUACUUGUCAAUCAUGUUGGACCAAGAGUAUCAGUGGCAUGCUUCGUCAGACCAACUAUGAAUAGAUCCACAAAGCUUUAUGGUCCUAUAUAG